AUGUUAGGUACACGGAGGAGAUGUUGGAUUGAUCCUGAUGUAAGGUUCCUUCAUGCAUAUCAUACACUAUUUUCAAAUUUAGGACCUUUACAAACUGUAGUCAUCAUUUUUCUCGAUUCAGUAUUCAUAUUCAAAAUCCGUAAAUAUUUACAAAGACGUGUGGUGACUAAAUUAAGUAAUUUGGAACGCAGAAAUCUACGCAAUUCAAUACUUCUCUUAACAUCAUCCAUAUCAUUCAUAGUCAUUUCUUUUCCACAAGCAGCGUUUCAUAUAAUCAACCGAAUGGGAAGUAUACAACUGAUCCAUUUGGACACUUAUAUCUUUUAUCAUUUAGGCAAUUUUCUAUGGUAUUUAAAUUCUGUACGUGAAUUAAUUGAUUUCUUUAUUUAUCUGAAAUGUUUCAAACAAAUCAAUUUCAAUUCAACAAGAUUAUCCCAUCGUUUUCAUUCUUUUUCUACUUUUUUAAUUUCAUCCUCUCAUUAUCCUGAUAAAAAAUUAUCAAGUUCAGUAGAAUAGAAAGUGUAAUGCUUGGAAACUGU